AAUAAAAAAAAGUAGCUAAAAAAACAAAAAAAAAGGGAACUCCGAGCUAAAAAGAAAGGAGAUAAAAAAAGAAGGUGCGCAAUCAAAUUAGCGCAGUCGCAGUGCGAGUGAUACAAUAUAUUUUCUGGCAUUUGCAGAUCGCCGAUCGACGAGAGAGCGCGAGCGAGAUCGAGAGCAACAGGGCAGACCCGAGAGAGCGAUCGAGAGAGAGAGAGCGACGUAGCGCAAAGCACACAUUUUUCUUUACAUAACUUUAAAAAAAAAAGCGAAAACUAUAAAAAAAGAGUGUCGGAAACUGUCGCAAAACAAACAAAUAAAACACAAACACACAGAAAAAAAUUUUUAAAAGCGGCAGCACAAAACGGGGGAAACCGAGAAGGAGGAUCAGAAGAAGAAGACGAGGCAGGAGAAGAAGAAGCAUCUCAACUUCCAAUGCAGUCUGCUGGCGCCAAGCGAUCGAGGAGACGCACUUGGAGCCACAUUCUUGUAAUUUUGCUGACCUGACCCGGUGACGACAAUUUCGAUUGUUGUUCAGGCUUUAGCGAAUAAUGGAACCAGAUCCCAAUGGGAUAAAAAUAGAGCCCACACUUGACCACCACCAACAGCAGCAGCAGCAGCAACAGCAGCAGCAAUACGCCCAUGUUUUGACCAUCAAUGGACCCAACACUCGCCUUCUCAUCGAGCAUCCUUCGGCGCUGUUGUUACCCAUCUCUCAUCAGCAGCAACUCCAGCUUCAGCAACAGCAGCAGCAGCAACAACAGCAACAGCAGCAGCAACACGUGCAACAGCAACACCAGCAGCAACAGUUCCAGCAACAACAUCACUUGCAACAGCAACAGGAUCAAUUGCAAUUUCAGCACCAACAGCUGCAGCUUACCCUACCCGCCGCCUAUACCACACACGCUGCCCCACAACAGCAACAGCAGCAACAACAACAGCAGCAGCAGCAGCAACUGAAGCAACAACAACAGGCGCCACCGCCUACACCCUUGGGACCCACGAGCAGCGGCUCGGCUUCUGUCACCGGCAACUCAAGCACCACCCACUCGACCCACGCCCAUCAGCAGAGGUGGAACGAGAGCCCCGAGGCACGACAGCGCCGGUUGGCCAGAAAUGCUGAAAGGAUGCGCGAGCGGCGACAGCGCGAGAGCGAGGACGAAUACCGCAAGCGACUGCUACGCAACGCCGAGGCCAAUCGCCAGCGGCGUCAGAACGAAUCCGAAAUUGAGCGAGCCAUGCGUCUGGUGCGGAAUGCGGCGCGUCAGCGGCUGCGUCGCGCCAUGGAGUCGCCGGACCAGCGGGCCAAGCGACUGUCCAAGCUGGCCGAGCGGAUGCGCAUGUACCGGGCCAGUGAGACGGAGUCGCAGCGCAAGAUGCGGCUGGCGGAGAUGGCGGCGAGGGCGCGCCAACGGAUCGCCAACGAGUCGCUGGAGGAGCGGAAGGAAAGACUGAGAAAGUUGAACGCCUACGCCAAAAAGGUCAGGGAGAAGAAGAAGGUACUGAAGAACGUGGUCGUCCACACACCGGCCACGUCCUCGAGCAGCUCCACGGACCACCAGCAGCAGCAGCAGGUCCUGGCCGUGGCGGCAGCAGCAGCGGCCGCAGCAGCCGCAUCCUCCAACGAGCACGUCCUAUCGGACAACGGAGCCGGUACGCCGCAACCGGCCGAGGAGCAACAGCAUUUGGUGGCCGCGACGGCCUAUCAGCAGCACCAGGCACUGGAGUACAUGGGCCAGGGCAUGUUCCUGGCACCGGGCGCACUGCGGGCACCUAUGCAACUGAAACAGGAACCGCAAAUGCCGCAACAACAGCUGCAACAGCAGCAGCAACAGCGAUACACCAUUGCCGGCAACCAGCAACAGGUGACGGCCGCCCUGCUGGAGGGCAGCGAACCGGGCAGCAUCUUCGUGCAGCAGAUCUAUGGCGACGAUGGCGGCGGCAAGGGCACCACCACUACCACGACAAAGCUCCUCCAAGCGCACGUACCACACUUUGGCAUUGCGACGACGGGAGCCGGUGGGCAGCUGGAGCUCUAUCCGCACAAAUACGCCGCCAAGAAGCAGGAACUUCAGGACAACGAUGCUCCGGGAAGCGGCGACAACAGCGGGUCUGUUGGAUUAGCUCCCAACGAGACCAAGGUGAUCCUGACCACCUCCGACGGCGAGCAGAAGAUCCUCAAGGCCACCGCCGGCCAGCCGCUGUACAAUCAGUUCCCCUACCUGGCCACCUUCCCCAACGCCACGACGGCCAACCAGGUGGUGGGCGGGGCCGGGCAGCAGGUGACCGGUGCCGGGGUGGUGACGGGCACAACGGCCAGCGGCGCCACCACCACCACCACAGCCUACUAUCCGAUGUAUCACAAUGGCUUCCAGAUCGCCGGAGUGCCGCCACCCUUCACGCCCGUGCAUUUUGCGAACACCAGCGGCGGCAACAGUCCCACCGGCCAGUACAACAUCCUGGCGGCUGGGAAUCCCACCCUAACGGUCACGGGGUUGGGCCAGCAGGAGCAGGGGCAACAGCAGCAGCAGCAGCAACCGCAACAGCAACCGCAGCCACAACAGCAGCCGGCCCCGGCCAUGGUGGUGCAUCAGGGCAGGGGAAGGCCGCGCAAGCAUCCCGUCGGCCUGAACAGCGAGGAACAGCUGAAGGUGAACAAUCUGUUGGAGCAGGAGCUCAACCAGAUGCUGGCGGCUCCGCAGCUGGUAACGAGCACUCCGCGCCGCGGCAGACCGAGCCAACAUCAGCAGCAGCAGCAUCACCAGCAGCAUCAGCAGGAACUAAGCCAGAUCAAUGUACAUUCCACGGCCGAUGGCGACAGUCAGAGGACGAGCACACCGCGACGCACCGGUCCCAACAAGUACGAGACGGAGGAGGAGAAGCGCAUCCGGCUGGACAAGAUGGCGGCCCACCAGCGGGCGGUGCGAGCGAACGAAACGCCCGAUCAGCGGGCCAUCCGGCUGCAGAAGCUCAGCGAACGGGCGCGUCUGAAGCGGGCCCAGAUCCGGGCCACCGAGAACACCGAGGAGCGCAAGGAGCGGCUGUCCAAGCAGGCGGAAUACGCUCGGAUGCGGCGCAUGCGCAGCCACACGCCGCGAAGCAGUAGCGCCACCAGCACCGAGUUCCACACGAAGACCGAGGUGGAGGCGGACGAGGAGGAGGAGGUGGCGGCCGCCAACAAUACCACGGCCACCAGCAGCACGAGCAGCAGCAGCAGCGGCAGCAGUACAACCGAACAGCAGCUAUACGACACCGAAACGGUGGGCAAUCCGGCUGGCGGGGACUUUGUGACGGUGGUGAAGACGGACAACAGUCAGCUGGACGGCGACGGGUCUGGGGACGACCAGCAGUUGCCGCCGUUGCAGCUGCAGCAGCACGAGCUGCAGCAGAUAGCCGGCAGCCUGCAGCAGCAUGGACAUCACGAGGCCAUUGUCCUGAACCAGCAUCGGCUGGUCACCAUCAGUCAGCAGCAGCAGCAGCAUCAGGGAUUCAGCAAGCUGCAGUUGGCCGGCGCUGGCAGUGGGACGAGUGCUGCAGCGGCCGGAGGAGCUGGCAGUGGCGGAGCGCCCGGCUCUGGGGGCGGCAAUGGAACCGGAGCACCGGAGAACAGCGACAUGCUGAAGAUACUCGAGCCGAUCAUCGUGAUGAAGACCAAAUGAGGAUCGCGGAGGCGUCACAGUCGCCCCAGCAACCAGCACCGCUAGCUAGGUAGUCCCAGCACACCGCAGGAGCUCUGGGUAUGAUGAUGGGAGUGCUGAGGAAGGAGGACCAGUUCCCAGUUCCGCCAGUAAUUGCACAAAGUAGAGAGGGAGAGCAGGGCGCGCGUGUCUAUAGUUACGAAUAAGAUUGUAAUUUUUUUUAAUCACCUUUUUUUUUAAUUGCGGUUGUAUAAUUUUUUUAAUGUGUGAGAAAGUACAUGUGAACAUGUACAGAACCGAAUACCCGAAUCAGCAGAAGAAUUGUAUAAAGGAAAGAGGAUCAAGUGCAAUAAUUGGAUGCCUGGCAUGCCUACCACAUCAUCACCUAUCUACCAUCCCUCCAACUGUCCAAUCUACCAUCCACCCACCUAGCUAGCCAGUCAGUCAGU